UUCGACCAGUCAAGCCAAAGUCGCUUUAGUUCAGUCGCUGUUUUGAUUGUCACUCGCGCGCAAGCUGUCUGUGAUUCGGUCCGUUUCGUUUCGUGCCCACUCGAGGAACACAUCCUUUCUGCCUUCGAUUGUGUGCUUGAAACGCCUGUCACAUUUAUUGGGUAUAUGUGAGAUGAUUACGGCUGGAGAAGAUUGAAUUGAAUUCGAGAGUGUUGGCCGAGGUUAAUCGAGAAAAAAAUACGGGAAUUAAUUAGGCGUGACACUUUUGCCAGUGUGAAGUGUUUUAUUUGGUGAUUUUUCGGUGUGUUCCGAUUGAUGACAUCUCUUCGUGGAGGAUGUUUUGAAUAGUGAAACGGUAACACUGUCCAGGGGUGCAAAGUGCACAAAGAAAACGCGAUAUUUAGGGGAUUUUCCAGUCGGUGCGUGUGCUGUGAAAACAUUCAAAAUUCCGCCGCUAUCGAUAAUGUCGUCCACAACGCACGAUGAAGAAGACCUGGACCACGACCAGGAGAUUAAUGUGGACGCGGACUCGGACUCGCACUCGCGGAUGUCGUACAACAGUGGUGGCGGGUCCGAAGACAUCGACCUGGAUGGCGACGGCAAUGGCAGCUCCUGCUAUGAUGAACCGGAUGGCAUCACCAGCGAUCAUCAUCACCAUCAUCACCUCCACAACGCCCGCUCGGAGCACCAAAUAACGACAUCAGCCUCGCCGACGACACGAUCACCAAACGAAAGUCUAACUUUCAGCAUAUCCCGACUGCUGUCGAAGCCAUACGAUAAGGACAGUCAUCACCGGACGGACCACGGAGGCGGAGGUGACCACCUGUCCUCGGACGGCGACGGGGAUGGUUCCAAAUCGGAGCAUCACAUCACCGCCAGCAGCGGGCUGCACUACACGGCCGGAGCUCUGUACAGCUAUCCGAUCUAUCCGGGAUCGGCUGCCGCUGCUGCUGCAGCCGCCGCCGGCCAUGUCCUCCGAGUGCCUCCCCAGCGGGGACCGUGCAAUCCACUGGCCUGGUCCCUGCCGCCGCUACAUCCGGCCGCGUUGGCUCACCAAGCCGUCAAGGAUCGACUAGCCGCAGCAUUUCCCAUUGCCCGCCGGAUCGGUCACCCGUACCAGAACCGAACGCCACCGAAGCGGAAAAAGCCGCGCACCUCCUUCACCCGCAUCCAGGUGGCCGAGCUGGAGAAACGGUUCCACAAGCAAAAGUACCUGGCAUCCGCGGAGCGAGCCGCACUAGCGCGCGGUUUGAAGAUGACCGACGCCCAGGUGAAGACGUGGUUCCAGAACCGGCGGACCAAGUGGCGGCGCCAGACAGCGGAAGAACGCGAAGCGGAACGACAAGCGGCGAACCGGUUGAUGCUGUCACUUCAGGCGGAAGCCCUGAGCAAAGGAUUCGGACAGCCACCGCCGUCGGCAGCGCCACCGGCGAGUGCCCCAGGGGCUCCACUGGCAGCCCUGCAUGGGCUGCAACCAUGGGCCGAAGCGCAUACCGCCGGUUGCUGAAAAGGCAUCUUAGAAGUACUCGGAUCGGACGCAAACGGUGUUAGCAAUUUUACGUAAUAACUAGUAAAUGACAAUUUCUUUGUGAUACAAUUGGGAAGGCGAGUUUGUUAUCUAGAGUUACUAAGCAGAAGUUUUCUUUUGUACUCUCUCUCUCUCCCUCUCUCCCUCUUUAUGUAAAAAGUUCACUGUACAAAGUAAGCAAGAAUUUAUUUUACUAUGUAAGAUAUACCGACCUAAGUUCGAUGUAGAUCCAUCUUGGUAGAGUUUUGAGCCGUACUACGAGGCAAAGAGGUUUACUUCCAUUGGCGGUGGAUCACGCCGCCGGUUUGUACAGUUCAAGUUAACACAUCUUUACAGACGUCAGUAUUUUUUUCUCUGGUAACUGAACGAGAUUCCUUGCCGGGGUGAAACAUUCCACAAAGAGCUAAACUAUCCAGUUAAUCAAUCCUCCCCGGCAUGAAGGAGGGAAGCAAUUAGACAAGCGCUAGCGAUACUUUAGACAUACAUAAUCCAGCUCGGAAAACCCUCAGUUUAAAGACGGUUUUCGCGGGUAUUUUACGUAACCAGCGAACAUAGUAUGAACCACAACAAAAAAUGAAAAUAAACACUGUACAGCUCACAGCAGAUU